AUGGCGGCAUCCUUAUUUGCCCUCCGCGGCGGACGUCAACUGGCACUCCGCUCGCGCGUGCGCCUCCCCACCCCUAGAGCUUGGGCCUUACCAUUGAAUGCCCGCAGGCCUCUGCACACCUCUCAACCGGCCACUCGUCGGGGUGUGUAUACCAGCUCGAUCAGCGACCAUGGCGAUCCUCACCCCCAGGAUAUCUUCCAGCCCCUCGACACCUUCCCCCGCCGCCACAUUGGUCCUUCCCCGGACGCUGCCUCCGAGAUGCUCGCAGUGCUGGACCCACCUGUGGCCUCUCUGGAUGACUUCGUGAAGCAGGUUCUUCCCGAGGACAUUCUCUCCAAGAAGAACCUCCAUGUCACCGAGCCCAAUGCCGAUAUCAACCUGUACCGCUCUAGUGUGCAGGGCGGACUCGGAGAAACUGACAUGCUGAAGCUGUUGGACACCUACCGGAAGAACAUCGAUAUCUCCGGAAAGACUUAUAUUGGAACCGGAUACUACCCCACCAUUGUGCCCCCCGUCAUUCAGCGCAAUGUCCUCGAGAACCCCGCCUGGUACACCAGCUACACACCCUACCAGCCCGAGAUCAGUCAGGGUCGUUUGGAGUCUUUGCUGAACUUCCAGACCUUGACCGCUGACCUGACCGGUCUGCCUUUCGCCAAUGCCUCCGUUUUGGACGAGGCAACUGCCGCUGCCGAGGCCAUGACCAUGUCUUUCGCUACUAUGCCCGCUUCCAAGCAGAAGAAGGCCGAGAAGUCCUUCGUGGUGUCUCACCUGGUCCACCCCCAGACCCUCGCCGUGAUGCAGUCCCGCGCCGAAGGAUUCGGAAUUAACCUUGUGGUCGGCGAUAUUCUAGCCGACGAUUUCAAGAUCGUCAAGGAUCAGAAGGAUCACCUCAUUGGUGUCCUAGCCCAAUACCCCGAUACCGAGGGUGGUAUCUUCGACUUCCAGUCUCUUAGCGAUGCCAUCCACGGACAGGGUGGUACUUUCAGUGUGGCCACUGAUCUGCUUGCUCUUACCGUGCUCAAGGCUCCCGGCGAAUUUGGCGCCGAUAUUGCCUUUGGUACUGCUCAGCGUCUUGGUGUCCCCAUGGGCUUCGGUGGACCUCACGCUGCAUUCUUUGCCUGCGCUGACAAGUACAAGCGCAAGGUUCCCGGCCGUGUCGUCGGUGUUUCCAAGGACCGCCUUGGCAACCGCGCUCUGCGUCUGGCUUUGCAAACUCGCGAGCAGCACAUUCGCCGCGAGAAGGCCACUAGCAACAUUUGCACUGCCCAGGCCUUGCUUGCUAACAUGACUGCCAUGUACGCUAUCUACCACGGUCCCGUUGGACUCAAGUCCAUUGCUCAGCGCAUCAUGUCCAUGACCUCGUUGCUUCGCGAGAAGCUCGUUGGCCUUGGAUACGAGGUCCCUGUGCGCACCAACUCCGCUGAUGGCGGUGCCGUCUUCGACACCCUUGCCGUUGAGCUGCCCACCGCUGCCGAGGCUGACGCCCUUGUGGCCAAGGCGCUGGAAGCCAAUGUUUUCCUCCGCCGUCUCGGAGGCAGCAAGGUUGGUCUCUCUCUGGAUGAGACUGUUGGUCGCGAUGAGGUCAAGGGAAUCUUGGAUGUCUUCGCCGCUUACAAGAAGGCCUCUCCUGUUGAGGUUGAUGGCACCCUUGGUGUCACUGCUGUUCCCGCCAGCCUCGAGCGCACAUCUUCCUACCUGACCCACCCAGUAUUCAACACCUACCACUCCGAGACCGAGAUGCUGCGCUACAUCCACCACCUCGAGUCCAAGGAUCUUUCCUUGGUUCACUCCAUGAUUCCUCUGGGAUCCUGCACCAUGAAGCUCAACGCCACCAGCGAGAUGCUUCCUGUCUCCUGGCCCGAGUUCUCCCAGAUCCACCCCUUCAUGCCCGCGAAGCAGGCCAAGGGUUACAUUCAGAUGAUUGACGACCUCGAGCAGCAGCUGGCUGAUAUCACCGGUAUGCACUCAGUUACAGUGCAGCCCAACUCCGGUGCCCAGGGUGAGUUCGCUGGUCUCCGUGUCAUCAAGAAGUACUUCGAGGGCAAGGGUGAUGCCAAGCGCAACCUGUGCUUGAUCCCUGUCUCUGCCCACGGUACCAACCCUGCCAGCGCUGCCAUGGCCGGUAUGCGUGUCGUUACCGUCAAGUGUGACAUGAAGACUGGUAACCUCGAUCUCGAGGAUCUCAAGGCCAAGUGCGAGAAGCACAAGGAUGAGCUUGCUGCUUUCAUGAUUACCUACCCCAGCACAUUCGGUGUCUUCGAACCCGGUGCCAAGCAGGCCUGUGACUUGGUCCACCAGCACGGUGGCCAGGUCUACAUGGACGGUGCUAACAUGAACGCCCAAAUUGGCCUCUGCUCUCCCGGUGAGAUUGGCGCCGAUGUCUGCCACCUGAACCUUCACAAGACCUUCUGCAUUCCUCACGGCGGUGGUGGUCCCGGAGUCGGCCCUAUCGGCGUUGCCUCCCACCUGACCCCCUACCUCCCCUCCCACCCAACCAGCGAGUACCUUCAGGCCAAGCGCGGCGACAACAACUCGCCCCCUAUCUCCGCCGCCCCCUGGGGAAGUGCCAGCAUCCUCCCCAUCACCUUCAACUACAUCAACAUGAUGGGCGACCGUGGCCUGACCCACGCUACCAAGAUCACCCUCCUCAACGCCAACUACAUCCUCUCCCGCCUCAAGCCCCACUACCCCAUCCUCUACACCAACGACCACGGCCGCUGCGCCCACGAGUUCAUCCUCGACGUGCGCGGCUUCAAGGAGACCUGCGGUGUCGAAGCCAUCGACAUCGCCAAGCGUCUCCAGGACUACGGCUUCCACGCUCCAACCAUGUCCUGGCCCGUCUCGAACACACUCAUGAUCGAGCCCACCGAGUCCGAAAGCAAGGCCGAGCUGGACCGCUUCUGCGACGCCCUCAUCUCCAUCCGCCAGGAAAUCGCCCAAGUCGAGUCCGGUGCCCAGCCCCGUGAUGGAAACGUCCUCAAGAUGUCCCCCCACACCCAGCGCGAUCUUCUCGUCGCCAAAUGGGACCGCCCUUACACCCGUGAGCAGGCGGCGUACCCCAUUCCCUUGCUUCUGGAGAAGAAGUUCUGGCCCAGCGUCACUCGUGUGGAUGAUGCUUACGGUGACCAGAACCUUUUCUGCACGUGUGGACCCGUUGAGGACUCGGAGUAG